UAUUAUUAUAACAAUGGUUGCAAUUUUAAGACGGGUAAAAUUCUGAUUUUUUAGAAACAGGGUUCAAGGCCAAAGUUUCUUUCUGCUCGUGUAUGAGAUUUACAAGAAGCUCUACUUCUUGUUUGUUUCUCGAGAAAUUCUUCAAUCUAUCGAAAGCAAAAGAUCCCUGAUGGGUUUCAUGGAUUACGUGAAAUUAAUUGGGUGGGAGCAUGAGUCUUACCCUGCUUAUGAAGAUUACAUUGUUCUACCUUUCUUUGUUCUGUUCUUCCCCUCAGUUCGGUUCUUUCUCGAUAGAUUUGUAUUUCAGAAAGUGGCAAGACGAUUAAUUUUUGGAAGGGGCCAUCAGACACUGGAUGUGGAGUCAGAUGAGAGAAAGAAGAAGAUACGAAAAUUCAAGGAGUCUGCUUGGAAAUGCCUAUAUUUUCUUUCAGGAGAGAUUCUAGCUUUGACUGUUACUUAUAGUGAGCCUUGGUUUACUAAUACAAAGUACUUUUGGGUUGGGCCGGGAAGUCAAGUUUGGCCAGACCAAAAAAUGAAGUUAAAAUUGAAAGCAUUGUAUAUGUAUGCUGCUGGAUUUUACACAUACUCCAUAUUUGCUCUGAUAUUCUGGGAAACAAGGCGUUCUGACUUUGGAGUGUCCAUGAGCCAUCAUGUUGCAACCGUCAUUCUCAUUGUGUUGUCUUACAUAUUCAGGUUUGCCCGUGUUGGUUCAGUUGUUUUAGCUAUUCAUGAUGCUAGUGAUAUACUUUUGGAGAUAGGAAAGAUGUCCAAAUAUAGUGGUGCUGAAGGGAUGGCUAGCUUUGCAUUUAUUAUUUUUGUUUUGUCUUGGAUCACACUGCGCCUCAUUUACUUUCCAUUCUGGGUCCUCUGGAGUACAAGUUAUGAAGUUGUGCAGACUGUGGACAAAAGCAAGCAUCCAGUGGACGGUCCAAUCUAUUAUUAUGUGUUCAAUACACUUCUGUAUUGCUUGCUUGUUCUCCAUAUUUACUGGUGGGUCCUGAUAUUUCGGAUGCUUGUUAAGCAAAUCCAAGCAAGGGGUCAGAUCAGUGAGGAUGUUCGAUCUGAUUCUGAAGAUGAACAUGAAGAUUGACCAAAAUCGUUAAUUGCAGCCUCAACAUAACUCACACGAAGUUGAGGACCCUGUGGUAUUAUAUUACAUGUCUGAUGUAUUCUAUGGCCACACUGGAAGGACUGAUCCGAAAGUAAAAAGGAUCCUCUGCAAUUCAAGGGCGUGUGGAUGGACAUAAAAUUCACAUGCUGAAAUGGAAAUUAAAGGUUGUAUUGAGUGAGUUGGUUGAUUAUUCAUUUGCUUGCAUUUGAUCCGUCGUAAGAAAACAUGCAUUGAUUCACAAACUGUAAAAACUGAGCCCCCAUCCAAUUUUGAGGGUUGCUCAUUACAUUUAAUUUUUCUUUGUUCAGUAAGAAGAGGGAUGUUAGUAUUUCCAUGUGGUUUUUGAGUUUGAUCAAUGAGUUGUUUUUAUAAAUAAUUUGUUACUAUAAUUAUGGAAAGCUGUAGUUACAUUGGUCAAUGCAACAAGUGAGAAACCACAUAACUUGGAAAUUUAAGAUUGGAUGCCUUCUUUUUUUA